AGGAGAAACGCUGAAAGUGCGUUGAUGCAAGUGGCUUCUCAAAAGAAGGAAAAAAGCAAUAUCCAUAUCAGAUCCACAUCUCACAAUUUUUCUAUUUUCAUACAAAUCGUUUUUUUCCUCAGUUCCAUUCCUCAUUCGGGUUUUUAAACACCUCAUAACUAUUCUGCAUACGUACGUUCUCUACCGAAAUCGACACACGCGCGCUUUCCAAAAGAAGAAGAGCUCCUGCCGCGACUUUCGUAUCACCCCUCACACACACACACACACUCACACUCACACACAGCAGGCCUAAUGUUAUCGGACAUCCAGCGGCAACGUCACAUUGAGCUGGAGGGCACCACCAACUUCCGCAACCUCGGCGGCUACCGCACCAAGGACGGCACCAAGACCACCAAAUGGGGCGUCUUGUACCGCUGUGACCACCUCACCGACAUCUCGCCCGAGAACGCGCAGCACGUGCUGGUGGAUCAGCUGCACAUCCACGAGGCCUUCGACCUACGCGCACACAAGGAGGUCGUCGCGAAGAACUACAACUUCCACGACAUUACGCGCCACUGCGUCGGCAUCGAGCCUACCCGCAUCGCUGAGUUUGUGAAGCGUGGCGAGGACAUGUCGAACGGGAAGACGGUCUUCCGUGCGAUGAAGGCGGUGUAUCAGCAAAUGGUGACGGACUACGGGGCCAUCUUCGGCUCCAUCGUCAAGGGCAUCAUUAAGAGCAAGGUGUCGUCGGACAACGCCGCCGUGUUCCACUGCACCGCUGGCAAAGACCGAACUGGGUGGGCGGCGUACCUAAUUCUCACCCUGCUGGACGUGAGGGACGAGGACAAGCGUGCGGAUUAUUCGAUGAGCAACACCUGCUUCCGCCCACCAAAAGACGCACACGACAGCACCGGCGGUUUAGGCAUGGGCGAGGAGGUGAAAGGGGCGGUCGGAAGCGUUUGCGAUGAAUUCCUUGACGCGAGCAUCGAUGAGGUAAACAAGCUGGGCGGCACGAGGGCGUACGCGAAGUCACACAUGGGCCUCACGGACGAUGACAUCCAGCAGCUGCGCGAUCUGCUUCUGGAGUGA